AUGGAACUGCUUAGCUCUGAGGAAUGUCAUCUGAUAGCGUUACGUACGCUACAGCCGCAAAUUGAAAAGGAAAAUUUGGUUAUAAUAAAUCGGCAACUCGAUGCGGGCUCCAAUGAUUUACAGGGCUACAUGGGUGAAUACUACAAGCUGCUUUUGGACGUCGAAAAUACAGAGACAAAAACGAAGCAUCAUUUGCAAUACUUUGUUAAAAGUUUACCCUAUAAAAAUGCGCCGCAGAGAGCUGAAUGCGAACGCAAAGGAGUUUUUCUCAAGGAAUCAACCAUCUAUAGUCAAAUAUUGCCCAAUGUGCAGAGAUAUGGAAGCCGCAAGCUCUUUCCGCAAUGCUACUACAGUCGAGAUGAUGUAAUUGUGCUGGAGGAUCUUACGCUUAGUUAUCGCCACCUUAAACCAAUGGAGGGUUAUACCCUAGAGCAUUACAAGUUGGUGUUGGAGCAUUUGGCUGCUCUACAUGCGGCGAGCAUUGCAUGGGAGCAUGCUGAUCAAUUUAAUAUUGGCGAUCGCUACAAGGCGGUCAACAUCGAACUAAUGCUGGACACGCAAAAUGAGUGGUUUACCACAGGCUUAAAGGGUAUCGUUUUCUUGGCGGCACGACAUGACAAAUACCAAACGGAAUCCGCUCAAGCUUUCAUUAAGGAUAAACUUUAUCAGCUCCUGAUCAAAACGAAAGAGAUGGUUAAGCCCUCGAAGACCAUAAAGAAUGUGCUGUGUCAUCGCGACAGUUGGGAUCGCAAUAUACUUUUUGGUUUCCCUAGUCAGAGUGCCAAAGUACCCAACUCGUGCUGUAUUGUGGACUUCCAGUUGACUAAGUAUUGCUCACCGACAUUAGAUGUUCUAUUUGUGCUCUAUAUAGUAGCGUCAUCAAGUGAUAGACUUGCUAUUUAUGAACAAUGCCUGGAGCAUUAUUACGAUUGUCUUCAAUCGGAAUUUGUUCGACUUCAGGUGCCGACAAAUCUGAUUACAAAAGAGAAUUUUUUGGAGGACUGUCAACGCACUCGCUUAGCCGCAUUGGUAAUGAAGGCCAUAACCGAACCACAGACAAAAAUGUCAGCAAGUUUGGCCAAUAAGAUGCGUGCCGAGGAGCCCGAGAAAUUUGACUAUUAUCUAAAUGUUGACCGAACUGAAAUGUAUCUGAGGGUCAUCGAAUUGCAGCCUAAUUAUGAGAAAAAAAUAAUGGCGCCAAUUGAGGAACUAGUUGAUUAUCUCAUGGAUCACAAUAAUAUAUACACGCCUCAAUAAAAUCCUCUGAUAUAC